AGAAAGAAUUAAUGGGGGAGAUUAUGAAGCAUCCAGAUGAAUUAUAUCCAUUGAUGAAGCUCAUGUUAUCGGCUAAACGCGUCGAGAAGAAGACUUCAGUGUGGCUGUUGCAGCCACACUGGGCCUUCUGCUACGCUAUUCUCCGUAAGGUGUCUCGUAGCUUUGCUCUUGUCAUUCAACAACUUCCUAGCGACCUUCGUGAUGUGGUUUGUGUUUACUAUUUGGUUCUUAGAGCACUUGAUACUGUUGAGGAUGAUACCAGCUUAACAACUGAAGUUAGAGUACCCAUCUUAAAAGACUUUUAUAGCCAUUUACAUGAUCCUGAAUGGCAUUUUUCAUGUGAUACAAUUGCCUUCAAAGUUCUUAUGGACCAAUUCCAUCAUGUUUCCACUUCUCUCCUAGAGCUUGAUACAGAUUAUCAGGAGGUGAUUAAGGAUAUUACCAAGAGGAUGGGUGAAGGAAUGGCGAAAUUUCUAUGCAAGGAGGUAGAAACAAUCAAUGAUUAUAAUGAAUAUUGUCACUAUGCGGCUGGACUUUGUGGAUUAGGAUUGUCAAAAAAAAUUUAUGCUUCUGGAAGAGAAGAUUUAGCACCAGAAUCCCUCUCGAUUUCCAUGGGUUUAUUUCUUCAGAAAAUAAGCAUCAUUAGAGAUUAUCUAGAGGAUAUAAAUGAAGUACCUAAAUGUCGUAUGUUUUGGCCUCGUCAAAUUUGGAGUAAAUAUGUUAACAAACUCGAGGACUUUAAGUACGAGGAAAACUCGGUCAAGGCAGUACAGUGUCUGAAUGAAGAUUGUCUGGUUUACAUGUCUAAUUUACGAGAUCCUUCUAUCUUUCAGUUCUGUGCAAUUCCGCUGGUCAUAAACAUGGGGAAUUUGAUGAUGUACUACAACAACGUUGAAAUUUUCAAAGGUGUUGUUGAAAUGAGGCGAGGCCUUUGUGCUAAGAUUAUUGAUCAAACGAGGACAAUGGCUGAUGUCUACGGAGCUUUCUUUGACUUUUGUUGUAUAAUGGAAUCUAAGGUUGAUCGUGAUGAUCCAAAUGCAACGAGUACUUUGAAGAGGCUAGAAGAAAUUUCAAAAAAUUGCAGAAACUCUGGAACCUUGAUCAAUCAAAGGUUUGUUAUGUUUCCUUGUUUGAUGUAG